UCCUGCUGGGCCACUCCAACAUUUGUAUUACUCCCAGUCAGAAGAAACAUGUUUGUAUAAUGACAAAGGUGUUGCUUUAGAUUUAAAUCUUCCAGGGAAGUCGUCAUUGAACUUCAGUCCGGAAGUGGUCGUCAUCGCAAAGCGCUUGUGUGAGUUGGACGCUGUGAGCUGAGAAAUGUGAGGGAACGGCCGCGGCUUUGGCAGAACCAGAACUUGUGCUUCGGAGUUUUGAAUGAAAGAAGGUGUUCCCCCGCACGAUCAUUUGAAACCUGAACAUGUCGUGGAUACGAGAAGGUGAAUUAAAUCUGCUUGAAAAGAUUUCUGCCAAUAUCCUAAUGGCAGGACCCAUGCCUAAACAUGUGGCCUUCAUCAUGGAUGGCAAUCGUCGAUUUGCACGGAAAAAAAACAUGGACCGGAAAGAUGGCCACAUGCAGGGAUUCAACAAGCUGGCAGAGACCCUACGUUGGUGCAAGCACCUCAACAUCCCAGAAGUGACGGUGUACGCCUUCAGCAUCGAGAACUUCAAGCGCUCUAAAGAGGAGGUGGACGGGCUGAUGGAGCUGGCCAAACAGAAGUUUGAGAAGCUGCUGGACGAACGGGAAAAUCUGGAAAAACACAGCGUUUGUAUCCGAGUGCUGGGCGACUUGAAUAUGUUGCCGUUAGACCUUCAAGAAGUUAUUGCCAAAGCUGUGAUAAUGACAAAGAACCACAACAAAUGUUUUCUCAACGUGUGCUUCGCCUAUACGUCGAGAUACGAAAUCACCAACGCGGUCAGGGAAAUGGCUUGGGGAGUGGAGCAGGGCCUGAUCAAAGCAAGCGACGUUUCAGAGGCCUUACUAAGUGAGUGCCUGUACAGCAGUAACUCUCCCAAUCCCGAUUUGCUCAUCCGCACCUCAGGAGAGGUGCGCCUCAGCGACUUCCUCCUGUGGCAGACAUCCCAUUCCUGCCUAGUGUUUCAGUCGGUGCUCUGGCCAGAAUACUCCUUCUGGAACCUGUGCGAAGCUAUUAUCCAGUAUCAGCUAAACCAUAAAUCCAUCCAGAAAGCCCGGGAGCUCCAUCGAGAGGAACAGGCCCUCCAGCAGAAGGAAGCAGAUUGUGCCUGUGUAGCAGAGCACCUGCAGCAUCAGGGGAACGGAAAGCCGGCCGAUGCCCAAAGAAGACAAGAAGCACUGCAGCGCUACACCGCUGCCCGGGAAGCACGAGUUCAGGACUUCCUGCAAGCACUGAAGCACAAGAGAGACUCUUUCUUUACUAACUUAUGCAGUGAAACCGUCCCGACUUAGGAAAGUUCUGAAGAACUAAUCUACAGGUGAAAUAGGAAUAAAACGCUCCAGUCCUUUUCCCAAAAGAGCUUCUGAGGAACACGGAAAAGCAAUUGGUGACUGGAGGUGGUUUUAUGUCGUUGCUGAUUUGUAUAAACCGAGAGGGCAAUGUUUACCCCUAUGGGGCUGUAGACUAAUGAUUAUAUAUUUAUGAUUGUAGAUUUGCAAAAUCUAACAUGCGGAUGUGUCUGGUCAAGAUGUAGUUAAAUAGUUGUGCAAACUGUCUGUGAAAUGCAUGUCGUUGAUUGAAAAGUCAAAGGUGGGUGAAAAGCCACCGCCCUGUGUUUUGGAAGUGCUUCCAACACAGAUCUCUCUAAGUACCUAAUGCAGUUUGGUAUUUUUGUUGCUGAAAGUGUCGUUUGUCAGGUGUGUUUUAUAAAGACAACUAUAUUUUGACCAGCUUUCCCAAACAAUAAAUUGAGAACUAUACACCAGAAA